CUGGACCCUGGAGGCCAGCUCUCUGCGGGGUGCAACACCCACCCCGAGCCCCUCAAGCCUGCGCAUUGGCUCAUCGACGAUUGUUUCGCAACGAGCGGAGCUGCAACGCCUCUUGGCCAGUCGAGCUCAGCCCUCACAGCGCCGCGGGGUAUCAAGCUCAAGGCUGAGCUCCCUGAGGAUGACGAAAUAUCAGAAGCUCACCAAGAUGGACAGGCCACCGCUGAGACCGUCGACCUCUCCGAGGCCCACGCUCCCAAGGACGAAUCGAUCAAGUCCUUCAAGGAGCUAGAGCAGACCCUCAAGAAGGAGCUCGUUCACCUCCGCCACGACCACGACAAGCAUGAGAAGGAGUACUUCCAGGCAGUCGCUCACCUGAGCGACCACGACCUGGCUGGAUUCACUCUCGAGAACUUCGAAGAGGUCCGUGUCGGAUUGUCCGCCUACGGGUACCAUCUCUUCGGCCGCAUCAGGAUCCCAGCGCUGCCCGCGGACGGCCCGUGCUACAUCUUCUUCAGGGCCUUUGACACAGGCAAGGACGAAGAGGCCAAGUUCCACAGCUUCCACACCGAGGAGGCGGAGGACACGGUCAAUGGAGGGAAGAAGUACCGUGCCAUCUUCACCAAGGACGAUCCUCUGGAGUGGUUCAACGAAUGA